AUGUCCAGUAGUAGUGCAGCGCACGAGUUCAAGGUAGGGGACGUCGUCCUGGCCAAAAUCAAAGGUUUCCCGUCCUGGCCGGGCAUUAUUAUGGACGAUGACAAUGUACCCAAGGCGGUCCGUGACGAGCGGCCGUCGACAAAAAGCACGCUAUUUACCAUCCGAUUCUUCCCUACGGCAGAUUAUCACUGGGUUACUGCGCGUGAUAUGACAUUGUUAACGUCGGAAGACAUCCAGGCGUUCUUGGCCAAGCCGCCACGCAAGUCGAGUGAUUUGCAAAAAGCGUAUAAGAUUGCGCAGGACCCAACUGCAUGGAAUGACGAGCAAAACCGCAUCGUGCGUGAGCAUGAGGCCUGGGUCGAGCAGGCCGAGGAGGCCGAGGAUGAAGAGGAGGACGAGGAUGCGUCCAAAUCGUCGACCCGCCGUCGCUCCACGACGCAGCCACGCAAACGUGCAGCGGGUACAUCGGCCAAGGCUAGCACCAACAAGCGCGCGCGUGCCGCUGAGGACGUAGCUGCCGAGGCGGAAGGCGAUGCAGAAACGCCAGCAGAGAAAGAGCGUGAGCCAGACGAAGAGUUGGAUCCUGCCACGCGAAAAGUGCGGGAGUGGCGGUACAAGCUGCAGCGUGCCUUCCUCAACAAGGGCGGCGUGAUUGUGGCGAGCGAUAUGGACGCGCAGGACGCGACAUUCAAGACAGUCGAGGCGUAUACGGAUAUGACCGUGGAGCAGCUGAAGACGACCAAGAUCGGCAAGGUGAUGAAACGCAUUCAUCAGUUGCCUGACGUCCCUCACGACGACAAGUUCCAUUUCCGGGAACGCGCAGGGGCAUUGGUGAAAAAAUGGGGGACACUGCUAGGCGUUGCGAGUGACGAAAAGGCCUAA